AUGUCAAAUGGCUAUUCGCAUUCGAUAGCUACCGACAAUUUCGGGGCUGACGUCGAUGAGACAACGAAGAGCGAAAACAGCCCAUCCGAACCCAUCGAGUCCCAGCCUGUCUCCGAGUCCUCCCCCGAGCCCGAUGCCGCAGACGAUCUAUACGAUGCAGACUCUCCAGCUUCGGACGGGGAAGAUGAAGAUGUUGUUAUGGAAAAUAGUGAUGAUGACAUGGACCAGUCGAGCCGUGAAAACUCUUCAUCACCACACGCCGACCGAAGUCUGAAGCGCAAAUCGCCGCCGCCGGAUGAACGCGACUAUAUCAACCAAAAUGCCGAUCUGUUUGGACUUCGUCGCAGUGGUCGCGCACGACCGACACGUCAUAUCGUCGAGUCUUCAGACUCGGAAUCCGAUUCUGUAGCUCCGCGCUCCAAGCGCCGGCGCAAGGAGCCAUCCCAGCAGCCCUCAAAAACCUCGCGAUCGGCCACUGCCUCAUCGCUGUCAGAGACAGAUAGUGAUGAGUACGGUGGAAAAAGUGCCCGUGCCAGCAAAGCCCGGCGUCGCCGCCUCAACCAAGCGGCAGGCGUAGAACCUUCCUUCAAUGAAGUUCGCUUCUCUACCAGAAACGCGUCGAAAGUGUCAAACUACAAUGAGGACGAAGAUGACGGAAUAUUUGAAGAGGAGCCAGGCGAACAUGCAGAUGGGUACUGGGCUCAAACUUAUGAAGAAGACACUCGACAGGCUGUCGAUGUCGUCCUCAAUCACCGUCUAAAAGAUGACGUCGACCCCAACAGUCCAAACAAGGACCGCCAAGACUUUGAUUUCUACAUCAAAUGGCAAGAUCAGUCAUACUAUCAUUCAAGUUGGGUGCCGAAUGAAGAUCUUGUGAACUACCGUAGCACCCGUCGCGUGGACAACUAUGUUCGCAAAGUGCUGAAUGAAGACCUCCGGCUUCAAGAAGACCCAGAUGCCCCUCCUGAAGACCGAGAAAAGUGGAACCUCGAUCGCGAGAGGGAUGUCGAGGCGAUUGAAGAUUUCAAACAAGUUGAACGAGUGAUUGGCGUUCGAGAAGACAAUGGCAUAACAGAAUAUCUUGUCAAAUGGAAGCGACUCUUUUACGACUCGUGUACAUGGGAGCCAGAAGAUCUCAUCAGCGAGAUCGCUCAGCGCGAGAUCGACCGUUUCAUUGAUCGCUCUGCUCGCCAUCCUGUUUCUGACAAACUGGAGUCAAACCCGGCUACUCGCAAGCCUUUUGAGCCAAUCAAAGCAUCCCCUAGCUUUUUGCAAAAUGGUGAGCUGAAGGAUUUCCAGGUCAAAGGCCUGAACUUCCUUGCUUUCAAUUGGGUCAGAAACCAUAAUGUGGUGCUGGCUGAUGAGAUGGGCUUGGGUAAGACUGUGCAAACAGUGUCAUUCAUCAACUGGAUGCGACAUGUUCGUCGACAACAAGGUCCCUUCAUCGUCAUUGUUCCUUUGUCAACAAUGCCGGCAUGGGCUGAUACCUUUGAUCAUUGGACCCCUGACUUGAAUUAUGUGGUCUACAAUGGUAGUGAAAAGGCGCGUGAUGUUCUUCGUGAUUACGAGUUGAUGGUAGAUGGCAACCCCAAACGACCGAAGUUCCAUGUUUUGUUAACAACGUAUGAGUACGCUAUGAAUGAUUCUCCCUUCCUAGGGCAGUUCAAGUGGCAGUUCAUGGCUGUUGAUGAGGCUCAUCGUCUCAAGAACCGAGACUCACAACUCUACAUGAAAUUGGUUGAAUGGAAAUGCCAGGCUCGUCUUCUCAUCACCGGUACACCAAUUCAAAACAAUCUUGCGGAGUUGGCAUCCCUCAUGGACUUCCUGAAUCCUGGUAUCAUCAAAGUUGAUGUUGAUAUGGAUCUUAACUCUGACGCUGCCUCCCAGAAGUUGGCAGAGCUGACAGAUGCCAUUCAACCUUACAUGUUGCGACGUACCAAGUCUAAGGUGGAGACUGACCUUCCCCCGAAAACUGAGAAGAUCAUUCGAGUUGAGCUCUCGGAUGUUCAGCUCGAGUAUUACAAGAACAUCCUCACCAAAAACUACGCUGCUUUGAACGACGGUGCCAAAGGCAUGAAGCAAUCACUCCUGAAUAUCAUGAUGGAAUUGAAAAAGGCAAGCAACCAUCCGUUCAUGUUCCCCAAUGCCGAGGCGAGAAUUUUAGAAGGAAGUUCAAGACGAGAGGAUAUUCUGCGUGCUAUGAUCACUAGCAGUGGAAAGAUGAUGCUGCUAGAUCAACUGCUCAGCAAGUUGAAAAGAGAUGGCCACAGAGUCCUGAUUUUCUGUCAAAUGGUCGGGAUGCUCAACAUCCUUAGCGAGUACAUGGAGUACCGUAACUACAAAUACCAGCGACUGGAUGGAACUAUUCCUUCUGCAGCUCGUCGCCUGGCUAUUGAGCAUUACAACACUCCCGGAAGUACCGACUUUGCCUUUCUCCUUUCUACUCGUGCAGGUGGUCUUGGAAUCAACCUGAUGACUGCAGAUACCGUUGUUCUAUUCGAUUCGGAUUGGAACCCGCAAGCGGAUCUGCAGGCCAUGGCUCGAGCUCAUAGAAUUGGCCAGACCAGGCCCGUCAGUGUUUACCGCCUUGUUUCAAAGGACACGAUUGAGGAAGAGGUCAUUGAGAGGGCUCGCAACAAGCUUCUGCUCGAGUUCAUUACCAUUCAACGGGGUGUCACAGAUAAGGAAGCCUCGGAGAUGCAAACAAAGAUGUCUCGUGUCAUUGGAGAACCUAAUUCGACCGAGGAUAUCUCCCGAAUUCUCAAGCGCCGUGGUCAGAAAAUGUUUGAGCAGACCGACAACCAAAAGAAGCUUGAAUCCCUCGAUAUUGACUCUGUUCUUGCCAAUGCUGAAUUGCACCAGACCGAAGAAUCGGAGCAAAUACAGGCAGAUGGUGGUGAGGAAUUCUUGAAGGCCUUUGAUUUUGUUGAUAUCAAGGUCGACGAUUUGAGUUGGGAUGAGAUCAUUCCGAAGGAUCAUCUCGACAGUAUCAAAGCCGAAGAGAAGAGGAAAGCAGAUGAGAAGUAUCUUGCAGAAGUCAUUGAAGAAAAUCAGCCUCGCAAACGUCAAGCUGCCACACAGUCACGCGAUUCGCGGGAAGAACGCAAGGCCAAGCGACAAGCACGAGCUCAGGUUGCCGUUGAUGAUGACGAUGAGGAAGAGAAUGCCUCAUUGGAUCCAAAGCGCCCACUCGGUGAAAAGGAAUACCGGGCCCUUUCUCGUGCCUUCCUGCGAUACGGUGACAUGGCCGAUUGCGAAGAUCUUAUCCUCGAGGAUGCUCGACUGCAGACUCGAGACCGGGAGACUGUACGGGCUGCUCUCCGUGAGAUGACCGAUAAGGCCAACUCGCUUGUUGAUGAAAACUUAGCGCAAAUGGACGCCCUCAAGCAAAGUGGCAAGAAUCCCACCAAAAAAGAACAAAAGGCUGUUUUAUUUGAUCAUCAUGGCGUCAAGCGCUUGAAUGCCUGGACCAUUGUCGAUAGACCUCCUGAUAUGCGGCUUGUUCGAAAAAUGACCACUUUGGGUCCGGACUUCAAGACCUUCCGUCUCGCAGAGGCCACUAAGUUGGCUGACUACACCUGCGAGUGGGGCGCUCGCGAGGACGGAAUGCUUUUGGUAGGUAUCGGCCGUCAUGGAUUUGGCGCUUGGACACAGAUUCGUGAUGAUACAGACUUAGGUCUCGGAGACAAGUUUUUCUUGGAGGAACAUCGCGUGGAAAGAAAAACGCAACGUCUCCAGGGUGAGGAAAAGUCCACCAAGUCCCCCGGUGCUGUUCACCUUGUCCGCCGAGCGGAAUAUUUGCUUUCUGUUUUGAGAAACAAAUACAGCAGUGGCAACAAUGCCCUCGCAAGACGUGCGGUAGAUAAUCACCACCGGAAUAACAAGCGUAAUUCCCGCCUUGGCAGUGGCAGCGUCUCGGCGUCCCCUGCUCCCUCGUCCCGCAAAGGACACCGGGAAGUCGAUCGUGUUCGCCAGCGAUCCCACACGCAUGGCAGCCGAGAUAGUGACCGUCAUCACACACCAGGUCAUGAUCGCCCGAAGUCCGGGCAUGAUGCUAAUCGUCCACGACACCGCAUGUCCGAUGUUGGUAAUGACGAUAAUCGCCGUCGCAAGUCCCAAGAAAACGGCGGCCCUAGCAAGGAGAAAGAAGAUAUGGCUUUCAUGGUCUUCAAACCCAUUGUGGGAAUUUUGGACAACGUAUCCAAGAUCACGGCUAAGAACUAUCCGGACAAAUCCAAGCGAGCGCAUGAGCUCCGAACUACUAUCAUGAAGAUCGGUGAUUUCAUUCGCGAAACCUUGGGACGUGAUAAAUCGAUGGCCUCCCUCGAAAAGCGACUGUGGGAUUACGUAUCUGUCAACUACUGGCCCAACCAGGAGGUGACUGGUUCCAAGCUUCAAGCGAUGUUCCAGAAGGUACAAGAAGCUAAAAAUGCUUCCAAAGCCUCCAAUGGCACUUAG